GGAUGGCGGUUCUGCUGUUUCGCGCAUCUGACUUCGCAAGCAUGAAAGAGCAAGAGGAUUGUUUUCAGCAUUGGCGGGGAGUACAGCUAGGGCUUCAUACUGUCGGUGUAAUGUGAGUCAGACUUGACGGGGUUGAUUAGCCGUGGCAUUCUGUAAGUCAUCGGCGAGUGUACUGGUGAAUUCUACUCAGAGUGUUAAGAAGAGGCUAAGAGUUCUGAGAGCUGACUGCCGUAUAUAGGCGGGCUAAAAUGAAGAUGUCGUAAACUAUCCCGCGUCUGUCUUGUACUUGUUACAUUUAGCUCCGUCAAUUCGCCUAUAUAGCUAAGUGGUAUACGUAAUGAGAGGUUCUUAUUAUUUAGAUAUGUCCUUAGAUGAGCCGGAUAGGGAUGGGCUUAACGCCGUCAAGGACGGACAUGUGCUUCCGUAUUUUGCCUAUUUUGUCAACUUGGCUUCAUAUUAUUCGUCCCCCUUAAUGCCUCCUCCCCGUCCUAAAUUUGACAUUUUAUCAAGCGAGGCAUAUAGCGUUGUAUCAAGUUGGAAUAGAGUUGAGCCGUAUAGAUGAACUAGUGGCAUAACAAACUCACAGCCUACCUGAUAUUGCCAAACUCGAGACUAAACGACAGUCAUGCUCUCAUCCCUCGCUAACCGCUUUUUCUUGCUCGCAGCGGCGACGAUCCCGGCGGCGGUAGCAAAACCCGAACAGAUCCGCGCCGUAUCGUCGCCCAUCUUCCACUACUAUUUACAAACCUAUCCCGAGGAUCCAACGAUCCCGGUAAUGGGCCCCGAAGCCAGCAGCGAGUACUUCGAGAUCGGCUCCACGAUCCAGAACGCGAACACGUCGGCGUACCUCAACAUCGGCGACGACGCGACGUCCUACAAGACGCUGACGUUCGCGGACGCGAGCUCGACGGACGCCUGGGCGCUCGAGGGCGACACGAUCAUCACCGCGACGGGGAGCAGCUUCGGGCGCCAGCUCAACUUCCUAGUGUGCCAGCUGAGCGGCAGCUACUGGCAGGUUUACUUACAGACGGGGAGCGAGACGCCGAGUGGGAAGACUUGUAGUAACUAUCAGAGUCUGCAUCUGCCUUGUUUAUGCUGAGGUGGGAUUAGGGAUGUUAGGGCGUUGGGGGUCGUGGGGGUUCGGGUUAUUAUGUCGGUAGUGAGCUUCGUUGUGUGAUAAGAUGAGAACAUGGAAAUUUACAGAUUUCGGUGAAACUUAAUCACUGUUUGUUGCGCCCCAGAACAUAAGAGGCUGCUGUAUUACAACAUCAUCGG